AAAUGAGUGUUAUUUUGAGGAAAAAAAAAAACUUUUCUCCGUUCCCUUAACAGUAACACGUCUAUCUCUCUCUCCCUCUCCUGGUCUCCUUUUGUAUCUCUUCUCUUUCUUUCUCUCACAGCCACGCCCGCCGAUCUCAACAAGUUGUCUACCAACCCACGCCGCGCCGUCCACCAUGCCGCACCGCUGACGCGGAUGUGAACUCGCUCCUUUUGUUGCUGGGAUUGCUAUGCCACUGUUGUGGGCUGAUUUUGGUGGUGAUAGGAAAUUUAUUUUCAAACUUCCAUGGCCAACCAAGCUCCUCCUUGAACAAAUCUACAUCCUUCAGUUUGGGUUGAUUUUUGCAUUUAGCCAGAAAUUGUGCAGAGGCUCUUACUCCGCGACUGUUGUUUUGCCCAAACGGCACCAGGUUCGGAUUCGGAUUCAGCAGAACAACUCAAGUAUCAAGAAGCCUCGCUCGCAUCUUCAUUUCAACACAAAAACAGGUUCUCUCUCUGAAUCAAAUAUCAUGAGGGCAUUAUAUAGAGUCAGACCCAUUAUCAUUCGCUCUACGCCUUCUUCUUUCCCUUUCACAGACCCACAAAAAUGCCCAUUUGGCCCUUUCAACUCCUUCACCCAAAAGAGGUUCAAAAAGCCAGUAAUCUCAGCUCGAACUCGCUUAGAGGACAGAGUCAGAGACCCAAAGCUAGACGAACUAAUAACCCACCUCAAAAAACUCAAAACCAUCCUCAAUCUCCACCAACUUAUGUCAAACAAAAAACGUGGUCCCUUCGUUUCAUUACAACUCAUGUCCAGGUGGAAAAACAUCGUUGGACUAAAUGUCAACAUAGGCACAUUUAUCAACAAAUACCCACAUGUUUUUGAGGUUUUUAAACACCCAAUUAGGAGGAAUCUUUGUUGUAGAGUUAGGCAAAAGAUGAAGGCUUUGAUAGAAGAGGAAGAGAGAGUUGUGAAAGAAUGUGAAUUAGAAGCUGUACAGCGUGUAAAGAAGUUGUUAAUGAUGUCUGUAAAUGGGACUCUUGGUGUUCAUGCUUUGAGAUUGAUUAGAAGGGAAUUGGGUUUGCCUGAGGAUUUUCGUGACUCAGUUCUGGCUAAGUAUAAUGCUGAUUUUAGGUUGGUUGGGUUGGAGAUAGUUGAAUUGGUUGAUAAAGAUGAGAGUGUGGGGGUUGCAAAGGUUGAAUUUUGGAGGGAAAAAGAGUAUAGAGAGAAGUGGUUGAGUGAGUUCGAGACCAAAUAUGCAUUUCCUAUCAAUUUCCCUACAGGGUUUAAGAAAGAAGCAGGGUUUAGAGAUAAGUUGAAGAAUUGGCAAAGGCUGCCUUAUUUGAAGCCUUAUGAUAGGAAAGAGGUUGUAAAGGUUCGAACUUGUGGUGGGAUUGAGCAGUUUGAGAAGCGGGCGGUUGGGAUUCUUCAUGAGUUCUUGAGCUUGAUGGUGGAGAACAAGGUUGAGGUUGAACGGUUAGCUCAUUUCAAGAGGGAUUUUGCUAUUGAAGUUAAUGUGCGUGAACUACUUUUGGAGAACCCUGGAAUUUUUUACAUUUCUACUAAAGGGAAUGCACAAACGGUUUUUCUUAGAGAGGUGUAUAGUAAAGGGCAUUUGAUCGAGCCAAAUCCAAUAUAUGUUAUUAGAAGGAAAUUGUUGGACCUUGUCUUGCAAGGCUGUCGAAGUACUCGAGAACUGGCAGCUGAAAAGGAAAUCAAGGAGCUGAGUAGUUCUGCAGGGUGUACGGCAGAUGGAGGUAGGAGAGAUGGUGACUGGGUUAUCCCAAUUUUGGAGAAUUUUGACAAUGAAAAUCCCGAUAACAGUGUGAGUGAAAUCAGUGAGUAAUCAGAGUUUACUGAAUUCAAUGAGAAAGGAAGUGGUGAAAGUGAAAAUUGCAUUGAGGGUUGAAUCAAAUAAGCCAUAUGAUGGUCAACAUUUAUUCUCCAGCAAGUGUGUAUAUGUGAAUAGGUCCAACAAUGACCCAUAAUCUUGAAUAGGUCAGAUUGUGGCCAUGGACCUCAAGAAGGUUCCAUCAGACAAUGAUCCACUCAAGAGUCAAGUAACUCACCUUGGACAUUGAGUAUGGUAAGUUUCAUAUUCAUUAAAAAUUCUCUGUCUUGAUUGUAUGCUUGUAUGUGUGAAUAUGGCCUGGGUAUAGAAUUUAUUGAUUGGUUCAGUAAACAUCUGUUUAGCACUGGAAGAACAUUUGUUCAUAAUAAGUAUUGGUUAUCUCAUGAUAUCUGCAUAGAUUUUCCCUUGUAUUAUAGCGAAAGCAUUUAUCAUUUGCUUGAAAGUUGUCAUGGUUCCUCCUGUAUGCUAAAUAUUGCUAUGUCUGUUGAAACUUUUUUUUUUCUCUAAAGAAGCUUCAGACAUAUCCCUUGACAUACUUUUUUGGGUAUAUUUCUGUCAUGUUAUUUGUAAGAACUGCCUUACUACAGAACAAUGUGCAGAGCCGAAAAUCUGUUAUUCAAAGCAGGUUAAAUUCUUGGUCUAUCUAGGCUUGUUGAUUCA